AUGAUCCAGUGUCCUGUGUUUCAGAGGCUGCUGUCGGCUCUGGACCAAUCAGAAGCUGGACCUUCUGCUUCCACUGCUCCACCACUAGAAGUGAUUGAUCUGAUCGAUGAUGACGAGGAGGACUCUGUGUCUUUGAUCCACGUCAGUAACUCUCCCAUCAGAGCCUUCACUCCCAUCUCCGAGGCCCGCGACUGCCUCAUCGACUUCAGGAACAACCGCAGCAAGAGAGCCAGGCCCAGAGCGGGAGCCAAGCCUGGAGCCAAGAGGAGGUGA